AUGAGGCUAGUGGCGCCAAUCGCUCGCUCCACGCUCGCGCACUCGUCGCGCCUGUGGACGCCAUCGGACCUCGUCCAGUACUACGAGUCGCCUUUUGCCAGCUGGAUGGACCGGCUCGCGGCGGAGCAUCCAGCGCACCCGCUCGCCGCUCGCCGCGACCCGCCAGAUCCGUUCCUCUCCAUGCUCGGGAAGAAGGGCAUGGCUGGCGAGCAGGAGGCGAUGCGGAAGCUUUUCCUCGGCCUCGGCCUCGGCGUCGCCGACCUCUCUGCGGAGGCGCGCGGCGACGCGCUGGCUCAGAGGGCUCUCGUGACGGCCGAGGCGAUGCGGGAGCGGCCGGACGUCAUCUACCAGGCGCCCCUGGCGGCGGGCUCCUUUGCGGGCGUGGCUGACUUUCUGGUGCGCUCCGACCUCCUCGGCCGCGACGAGGCCUCGCGAGGCGACCCGGCUCUCUACACGGUGUGGGACGCAAAGCUGACGCGGCACGUGCGGCCGCAGCAGCUGAUCCAGCUGUGCUGCUACGCCGAGAUGCUCGCCGAGAUGCAGGGCGCGCGCCCGGAGACGGUCUCCCUCGUACUCGGCGGCUCCGCCGCCCGUGUCGCCAGCUUCCGGCUCGCAGAGCACCGCGCGCACUUUGCCAGCCUGCGGCGGCGCUUCCUCGCCUUUCACGCCGGCUUCGACGCCGCCGCAGAGCCGCCGGCCGCGCCGACGCGCUCUGCGCCCGCCGGGCAGUGGCGCGGGCUCGCCGACGCGGAGCUGCUCGCGCGGGACGACCUCCGCCUCGUGGCGCGCCUCUCGCAGCGGCAGGCGGCGCUGCUCUCCGCCGCCGGAGUCCGGAGCGCGGCAGCGCUGGCGGAGCUGCCGCCCGGCCAGGCUGUCGGCGGGGUCGAGCGGGCGGCGCUCUCGCGGCUGCGCGAGCAGGCCUCCCUGCAGCUGCAGGCGCGCGGCGCCCCCGACGAGCCGCCGCCCUACCGCCUUCUCCCGUGGAGCCGCGCCGCCGGCCUCGCCCUGCUGCCGCCACCGUCGCCGUCCGACCUCUUCUUCGACCUCGAGGGCUUCCCGCUCGCGGAGGGGCAUGCGCCCGAGGGGGCGGCCGCGCCGCCGGAGAGGCUCGCCGACUUCGCGGCGAACGGCGCCGCGGACGAGGCGGCGCGCGGGCGCGAGUACUUGUGGGGCGCGGCGACGCGGGGCGGACACGUCGCGGCGAGCGCCGCGGCGGGCGGCGGCGGCGGCGUCGGCGCGGCGCUCUUCGAGAACGACGACGAGUUUGUGGCGUGGUGGGCGCACAGCUACGCGCAGGAGAAGGCGGCUCUCGAGGGCUUCGUCGAUUGGGCGGUCUCGCUCAAGCGGUCCGAGCCGCGCAUGCACAUUUACCACUAUGGCGCGUACGAGGUGUCGGCGCUGCGGCGGCUCGCGAUGCGGCACGCGACGCGGGAGGCGGAGGUUGACGAGCUGCUGCGCGGCGGCGCGCUGGUGGACCUGUACGCGGUGGUGCGGGGCGGGCUCCUCCUCGGCACCGAGAACUACUCGAUCAAGUCGGUCCAAUUCGACGCCCUGCACGACGUCCUCAUCCACAACCCCAAGGGCCUCCCCGCGAUCACCAAGGCGGACGGCCGCAUCCACGUGGCGGACAAGGACGGCCGCUCCUGGCAGUUUGACCUCUUCUCCCGCCGCGAGUCCAUCUUCUGCUCCAAGCACGAGUCGCAGCAGACCGCACAAAAGAAAUCACAGAAAAAGAAAACCACUCCGGAAUAUAGGUGCCUCAAGCUGCCUCCAUUCGCGAGGUUCAACGGCGUCGUCGCGCACCACAUCACGCAGCUGCAGCAACAAGGGCUGGUGGGGGACUUGAGCCGAGUUUGGUGCGACUGCCGCUCGCUCAGCGGCCCCCCACCCGGCCCCUCGACCGCAAACAAGUCCGCGGAGGAGACGGCAGCCCUGCGCAACCGCCUCGUCGAAGCGCGAGAGAAGCGGAAGCGAGAGCGGGAGGAAGCGGAAAAGGCCUACGCGAAGCGCCGCGGCUCCACCUCCGCCGACAACGCAUAG